AUUAUAAUCUAUACAGUAUGAUACGGAUUACUGAUGAAUUUUAAUCCUAAUACCAAAAAGGUGUAAUGAGUGAGAUUUUAAGUACGCCUACGCAUAGGAUCUCUCCUUCCACUUAUGUGUAGGAGGGCCUACGUCUAAAGGUUAAGUUAAUUAAGUGAAUAAGUAGUAAUGGAAUGACUUAAUUAAGUGCAGUAAGAUAAUAUAAAAAUGGAACAUCGGAACAAUGUCAUAAUACGCAAAGCAAAAAAAGAUGAUAUGUACCAAGUAUGCCAGUUAAUUAAGGAAUUAGCUAUCCACGAAAAAUGCGAGCAGGAAUGCGUAAUGACGCCGGAAAUUUUAAUAGCGGACGGAUUUGCCUCGCCCGAUCCUCCUUUUAAGAUGUUUGUUGCGGAUGUAAAUGGUCAGAUAGUGGGAUAUUCUGCUUAUUUUAAUGGAUAUCGAACUAAUACGGGCAAUUUUAUAUUUUUACAAGAUCUGUUUGUCUCCCUACAAUACCGUAACGAAGGAAUAGGAAAGAAAUUGUUUCAGUCCGUGGCAAAAGUUGCAAGCAAAACAGCCAGCAAAAGGUUAGAGUUACACUGCUUGUCGUGGAAUCCUUCGUUAGAAUUUUAUUUAAAAAUGGGAUUUAGGAACACAACGGAGAUUAAUGGGUGGAACUAUCUAAUUAUUGAUGGGGAUAAUUUAAGUAAACAUGUAGAGUAAUUUUGUUUUGUGCUUGUAUGGUAUCGUGCAGUGUUUGGUAAUUAUAAUACCUAAUAAUAAUAAACAUAUGUUGCAAAA